CUGGGGCUCUUCCGGUCGCCUCCUGGACCCUGUAGCGGUGUUUCCCGGCUUCGCCUCGCUUUCACGGCUUGCGACGUUGUCGCGGAGGGCGCGCUUUACGGUUCUCGGGAGUUCCGGGGUCUGCGAGGCGGAGCUGCGCGCCGGUGUGUUAUGUCCAAAAGUGGAUCAAUCUCCAUGUUAAAUGAAAAUGGCCAAUUCCUUAAGAGGAGAAGUAUUGAAUCUUUAUAAGAAUCUGCUGUUUCUUGGACGGGACUACCCAAAAGGAGCAGACUAUUUUAGAAGGCGUUUGAAGAAUGUUUUUCUUAAAAACAAAGACGUGAAAGAUCCAGAGAAGAUCAAAGAACUUAUUAAGCGAGGCGAAUUUGUAAUGAAAGAGCUAGAAGCCUUAUACUUCCUUAGGAAAUACAGAGCUAUGAAACAACGCUAUUAUUCAGAUACCAGGGUUAACUGAUCAGAACACUAUAAACUGGCUGAAAUCAGUACAGCUUGUGUAUGUGUACCAGGUAUUAAUAGGAAGUACUCUAGCUUAAAAUGGCCACAUAUACAACAUAUUUACAUAAGGACCUGAGCUGUCCUACUAGAGUACAAUUAAUAGGAGUCAAUCAUGACACUGUGAGCUAUAUCCACAACCCUGGAUGUUCAAUUUGUAUUAACAAAAUAAUUUUACUAUUACCAAUAUUAUUAAAAAUUAUUAAAUAUUAAGUUAAUAAUUUAGUGAUAUUGCCAAUUCAUGAAUUGAGUGCCCAAUUUGCAAACAAAAUUAUAGUACGUUUCCUAACAAUGUUUUAGCCAAUCAUGCUUGGCCAAUUGCUCCAUUUUACUGUCAAGAGAAAGCUAUCUAUCUAAUGCACCUCUACUAAGUAAAGCACUUUUUCCCUUCCCUUCGCUGGUACUUGAAGGCGCAUAAUCCAGGUUCCCUAUGGACAGAUCACUCCUAAGAAUGAUUUCACCUUAAGGCAGAGUUCUGUGUGAGGGAGGGUUCCUGUAUUUGUAAUUCUGUUGCUGGCUCCUUCUGUAACUCACCAACAGGCUUCCCUCCUGAAAGUCAUCCAUAAUGUUAUAAAAGCAUAUUUGUUUCACAUCUGCUUCUAAAUGAGUUAACAUGACCAGGCCCAACCCUACCUUGAAGUUUACGCAAACACUUUUAAUGGUUUGAAGAACCUACAGAGAACAUUUCUAAUUUCAAAGCUGAAAAAUAAAGAUUUUACUGGUAUACUUUAA